AUGUCCAACUUCUCCAUCAUGGAUACUCUUCUAACUGGAAGGACUUCCAUGGACACUACAGCUCAGGCCAGCACAUGGAUAACCAUGUACACCAACAUGUAUGGCUGUCAUGCUCCCAACUCUACCUCCAUCUACAUGCCAAUGAUCAUGACCAAGGAUCACCUCUACCAGAAAUACUCAGAUGCCCUGAACGCCCAUCACUUCACCCAGGCAAAGCUGUUGAGUCUCACUCACUUCUGUAAAAUGUUCAAAGGUGAACACAUGCACAUCAAGUUCCCUCAGUUCUGCGUCCUCAGGCAGUGCAAUAUCUGUGCCUCAACAAAUGACACCCUCACCAACCAGAUAAUGAGCACAAGAGAGCAGGCAGCUGAAGCAGCAGAAGCUGGAUCACCUCAAGCUUGUUGA